UCCACCACGGCCACAUCGAACUUCAGCCUUGUCGCGGACUACUCCGGGUCCAAUUUCUUCUCUGGCUUCACGGCCUUCACUGGUGCUGACCCCACGGUCGGCACCGUGCAGUACGUUGGACUGGAGUACGCGGCUUCGAAGAGUUAUGCUGGCUACAUCUUCAAUGAAGCCACGAACUCCACGAACGUCUACAUCGGCGCGGACUUCGACACGGUCACCGCCAAUCGCCCUUCGGUCCGCUUGACGUCAAAGCAAACUUUCGAGGUCGGCACGAUUGUUGCGUUCGAUACCGUGCAUGUCCCUACCGGUUUCGGCGUCUGGCCCGCUUUGUGGAUGUUAAGCAGCAACAAUGAGACGUGGCCGGUUGGUGGUGAAAUCGACGUCGUGGAAUUCGUACACAAUUCGACCGUCAAUGCCGCCACACUACACACCGCUCCCGCCUGCACAGUUAGCAACUCGACGUCUGCGUUCCAGGGUAUGCUGCAGAACGCCGACUGCAACUCCGGACAGGCUGCAAACGGCUGCUCCGUCCAGGCGCAGGGUCAGAAUGUAAUCGACGGAAAGACGAUGGCGACCGCCGGCAAACCUUUCAACGACCAACAAGGCGGUGUCUAUGUCAUGGCCUGGCUAGAGACGGGCAUCAGCGUGUACCUCUUCGGCCGCUCCCAGCUCCCUUCGGACCUCGCCUCAGACAAGCCUGACCCAGCAUCCUGGACUGCAAAGCCGAUGGCCCAGUUCUCUGGCUCCGGCUGUGACUACACCAAGUCCUUCCAGUCGUUGGCCAUUAUCACCGAUCUUACCUUCUGCGGACAGUGGGCCGGCAAUGUCUGGGCCAGCUCUGGUGCUGCAGCGGCGACUGGCGUUGCAACGUGCGCAGCUUACGUGCAAAACAAUCCCUCUGCGUUCAAGGAUGCUUACUUCGAGCUCGCUAGUAUCAAGGUGUACUCGAUGGAU